GAGCGGCCUGAUUCAUGAGACGUCUUGUGAGCUCGCUGACUGAUGGAGCUCUGGUCACGCUUUGAAUGCUACAGAGCUGCAUCACAGCUUGCUCAUAGAGUUUGAGCUCAUAGAGUGGCAGAUAUCCAGUCAUUUUUAAAAAACCAGCACAAAAUAAAAAUAGUUUAAAUAAAGCAUCCUCAAUAAGCAAUAUAAAAGACUGGCUUGUAGUCUAGGAUGCAAAAACGAUUGUACGUAAUGUGACAAGCUUCACCCUCGAACCCAAGCAAGAACAUUGCAGAACUGUGAUCGGUGCUAAUGGCGCAUCACAAUGAAUCAGUGCAGAACACUGUUGCAAUUCUCUAUUGCGUAUCACAAUGGUUGCCUAAAAAAUGAAAAUUUUUAUUCGCCCUCAACUGGUGUGACUUACAAAGUAAACCAUAAAAAUAGCACCGGUGUACAAAUGAUCUUUUGAAAUAAUAUGCGUUGAAUGAGUAUACUUUAAUUGUGAGCCAAAUGUAAUGUUAUUGGAAACGUAUGUUCAUUGCAAUUAAAUGAAAAUGUAUUGUAGAUUAAUAUUAACCUCAAUUAGUUGAAAUUAAGAACCAUUUUUGACCCAUUUAAGUAGGACAUAGCUACUGUUCUGUUGAAACUUGUAUGUCAUGUAUUGCAUGACGUGUUUACGUCUGCUUUAAUAUGCCAGUCAAAAUAAGUGUGAUUUAAAGCACAACCCAAAAACACUAGUAAAUCUACUUUUGCAGACUGGUAAACAUUACUCGACUGAAAUGAAUUUUAUUUGGAUUCUCUUCUGCUUUGCUCUUGUUCGACUGCCAGCGGUCAGUAUGGUGUGUACACACCGCACGAACUGCAGUUUUUCCAUUAGUGGAGUAUGAGUAUGCGUUUUAAUUUCACCAUCCUCAGCUGUUUGUGUGUGUGUCACAGAACUGUGGGUAGGAAACGCUCUGUAUUUAAGCAGGCAAAGUUCCUCAUCUUGGAAUAAUCAAAGGCUCGCGGCUGAAGACUCUUCUGAGCUUUCCUCGCAACACCUGCUUUCUCACUUUAACGCUCUUCCGACAGGAUCUCUGUGGAGAUGUGCACCGGCCGCUGCUCCAGGUCUGUGGGGAUGGCUCUGAUUCCUAUAGCCAUCGUCUGCAUGCUGGCAAAUGCACUGCUGCUGUUUCCUGAUAUGAAGUACCAGUACCUGACAGAGAAUCAUGUGACCAGAGAGGCCACGUGGAGCACUGGGAUCUGGGCAUCAGGGCUUCUGGUGCUUGUGGCCGCGCGGGCUUUUACAACACACUACGAAAAGAAAGGAUGCUGUUAUUUUACCGCCGAGGUUUUGCGCAAGCUGGGCUACACGUGUUUGGCAGUUCUGGCAGCCGGCUUGUGUUUCGUGGUGAGCGGGACGGGGCUGGCCCUGGGGCCCCUCUGUUUGCACAACAGCACUGAGGGCCCCAAGUGGGGACGGCCAUUGAAACAAGUCAGAACUGGUGAGCAGCUUUACCUGUAUGCUCCGGAGCGGUGGUCGUCUGCCUGCGUGGAGCCUCGAGGGGUUGUGGUCUGGAACGUGACUCUUUUCUCCGUCCUCAUGGCAGCGAGCGGCCUUCAGCUCAUUUUCUGCGCUCUUCACCUCCUCGCCGCCGUAUUGGAGUUCAUGUGCGGACCCGGCUUCUGCAAGAAUAAGGUUGUUCCUGCUUGAAAUUACUAGAGGUUGUAAUGUCUUCAUCUCCAUGUGAGAAUGAAAAGACAUUUUUGGGGUUAAACAGUCAGCUACGACUGCUUAAUUUUAUUUUUUUAAUGAAGAGGGAGACAGAGAGAAAUAGAAAGGGAAGUGGAAGGGGGGAGCCAGUUUUUACAUCCCUGAGUCCCAGAAACACUUGAACACAUAAAAUGCCACAAAGACAAAUAAGCUGUUUAAAAUAGUCUUUAUUGUAAUACAUGUUCAUAACGCACUUUAAUAUUUAUGCACUGUAUAGUAAUGUCAUUGUAUGUAUAUGUCUGUGAUAAAUUAACUGAGUGUCAGUAGGUGUUAUUUUUAUUUUUUGAUUUCAAAAAGCUUAAUAAAAAAUAUUUAUAUG